AUGGCCGCAAUGAAGCUAACUUUCAAUGGGAUAACGCGACGGGUGCAGUUCCCGGAUGAGCAUCCUGCGUGGACGGAUGUAUCUGUCCGCGUCGAGCAGCUGUUCGCCAUCCCAGCCAGUGAUGUCGCGCUGUCCUAUGUGGACCCCGAUGGAGACACGAUGUAUAUCUCCAGCAACGACGAGCUAUUUGAUAUGUUCCACACGGUCACCGCUCAGCAAGCCGCCCACCGCUUCACCGUGCACGAUAUGCGCAACACCCAGAACAAGUCUCCUGAUGAUUUUGAGCACGUGCGCGGUGACGAUGACUCAUCUUCCAGCUCCAGCAGCGCAUCUUCUGGGGGAAAGACCCCCCAGAUACCGCCCAAUUUUGGCGAGAGCAAGUCGACUCGCAGCGGUGGGUUCGGCUCAUCGGGCAUGGGCGGCUUUGGCUUUGCUCCCUUUGAGAUGAUGUUUGGCCAGGCCGCUACUGCUGCCAGCGUCAAGUCUCCUUCCCAGGGCCAUAUCUCUCCUAUUCCCUCCAGCUCUGAUCUUGGGGCUGCUGCCGCCGAAGCUGGCCAAUCACGUAGCCAGUAUGGACGCAGUGUUGCCUCGACUGCCAUUGGACGCAGCGCCGCGUCGAGUGUCUCUGGACGCGAAGAUUACGAGGGAAAUCCUGCCAUCCAUAUUCAGGGUCCCAGCACCGAUAACGAGUCGGUCGGUACCGCCGAGCAUAUGCAUGAAGUUGCCGAGCCUGAGCCCCUUCACCACCCUACUCCUGCGCUCUACCAAGAUGUUGCCACGCUUUUGCACUCUUUAUCCGAUGCCAUCGUCACCCACCCUGCUGUUUCGCACAACUUUAGUCAUAUCUUGCACAAUGCUCAUACGGGCGUGUACUGGGCCGAGGAUCCUCAUCCUCCGGAGAUGCAACAAGUAGCAGCUCAUCACCUUCUCGGCGCGUUCAACUCGCUCCUUCACACACUCUUGCCUCCCCCACCUCCACGUACCCCUACUCAAGCACCAGUGACACCAGCAUACACUGCGGCCCAGUACGAGCUCCCACCGUCCGUAGCUGCACCCUCAACAGCUGCACCUUCCACAGUCGCACCAGACGAAACGCCUGUCCCAUCGCGUCUCAAUACUCCAUCGGUUGCACAGGUCCCCCUGGUCGCCUCUCCUGCCAUGACGGCUACCAGCCUUCGUUCCGCAUCCACCGUUGGACCAGGUAUUCGUCCAGUCCUGGAUAUGGCACGCGCCGAUCGCGCGUCUGUUAGAUCCGAUACCGAUGCUGGGAGUGUCAUUAGCGGUAGCGGAAUGGGCUCUCCUAUUCAUGGUACCGGUCCUGCUUGGAGGUUUGCAGGAAGGAGCGGUGGAGUACAGCCGCAGGGCCAACAAUGGGGUGCGCGUGGGGGCCUUAACAUCAAUACUGGCGCAAUGGUCCCUGCUCAAUCCGUCAACGCCCCUGAAGCUGCCAAGUAUGUCGAGAGCAAGGUCAAAUUGGAGCACAUGAAGGAGAUGUACAAGCAAACCAAGGAAGAGUACCGCCGUGAGCGCGAAGAAAGGAAGAAGGAACGGGAUGCGAAGAAGAACCGUCUUAUUGGACCUCCUGAGCCGCCAUAUCCCGCCAUACAGCAUGGUGAUAUGUUUGACAAGCUGAAUGAAGCACUGGCUCAUGUUCCUAGCCGCGCUGGAAUUUCCGAAUCUACAUCGAGGAAAGGCAUUGUUCCACCACCUGCCCCCAAGUCUGUUGCCGACUCUGUGGAUACGGCUGUCCGAACCCGACAACAGCUCAACAACUGGCUCGUUGAACAACUCGGCGACAUGGGAUUCAGUGCCGCAACUCAUCCUCAAGUAAGCCGUAUGGUUCGCGACGCAACCCGGCCAUAUGCAACCAACGCCGAAAACGCCAACGAAAACGCCCUGCUAGAGGAAUUGUUGGCUCAGUUGGUUCCCACCGGGAGCAAGUAG